UCCAGAGGCGAAACACGGCACUUUUAGCCCAUGUCCCGCGAUCAGCUGACCGGCUUCGUUGCCACGGAAACCGAGACAUAACAAAUAUGAUUUCUGUUUUCCUUCGCAGUGUGAGCCAGUUCAGCCCCCAAGCUGCAGCAAGACAGAUAUCAAGAUUAUCCAUUCGUCAGUUAUCGCAGACUAGACUUAAGUUCCCCGUCACAGUCUCGAAUUCAUUGCAGUCAAGAAGUAAAAAACUCUUUUUGCAAGGAUUCAAUUCAACGGAAUACACUGCCAGGGGUUACUGUUCUACUGAAAUAGAUCAGACAACCUAUGAACACGUGAGUGAUGAAACUCUGGAAUCCUUGACAGAGUACUUAGAAGAGCUGGUUGAGACUGAUUGUGCUCCUAUAGAUUCUGAUGUAACCUAUUCUACUGGUGUAUUGACGCUGCAGCUUGGAAGUGCAGGAACAUAUGUCAUUAACAAACAAACCCCAAAUAAGCAGAUCUGGCUCUCGUCCCCCACAAGUGGGCCCAAGAGAUAUGACUUUAUUAAUGGCACUUGGGUGUACCGCCACACAGGAGUCUCUUUGCACGAUCUGCUAACUGAGGAAUUGUCGCCAGUGUUUCAGAUGGAAACAGACUUUUCCAAGUGUGCCUAUGGAAGAAAUGAAUCUGAUGAUUAACAUGUUUAUAUUGUAUAUAUGUACCAUUGAUAUUUAUGAAGAAAAAUAAUGUGGAGAGGUGGAAACUUGUAGAAAAGUGACUGAAUAAAAUUAUUCAUCUUUA